CCCGCCCCGGCACGCCCCGCCGGGCUCGGGCAGAGGCAGCGCGCCGACUGUUCGGGCAGCCGAGGACGACGCCGGGGCCGGGAGCCGAGGCGCAGGUCAGCCCCGAGCGCGCCCAGCUUCUGCAGAUCAGGGAAACCACGAGUCCUCAAGUGGCCGGCCAGCUGUCUCCGAGAGGAACUUGCCUGGCAUCUGUGGGGAACGACAAGACACUUUGCAAAAUCAAGGGAGUUGGAACGGAGCACCUUCCUUUCCUCCCAGCCCGGCCUCCUUCUGCAGAACGGAGCUCAAUAGAACUUUGUUGUUUUGCCUUUUACUCUGGGGGGAGAGAAGCAGACGAUGAGGAGAAAAUAAUGAAUGUCAAAGGAAAAGUGAUUCUGUCAAUGCUGGUUGUCUCAACUGUAAUUGUUGUGUUUUGGGAAUAUAUCAACAGCCCAGAAGCCUCUUUGUUCUGGAUAAACCAGUCAAAAAACCCAGAAGUUGGUGACAGCAGCAUUCAGAAGGGCUGGUGGUUUCCAAGCUGGUUUAACAAUGGUUACCACGAAGAAGAAGACAUAGACAAAGCAAAGGAACAAAGAAAGGAGGACAAAGAAGAGCUUCAGCUCUCGGACUGGUUUAAUCCACAUAAACGCCCAGAGGUUGUGACCAUGACCGGAUGGAAGGCGCCGGUGGUGUGGGAAGGCACCUACAACAGAGCUAUCCUAGAAAAUUAUUAUGCCAAACAGAAAAUUACCGUGGGCUUGACGGUUUUUGCUGUCGGAAGAUAUAUUGAGCAUUACUUGGAGGAGUUCUUAACAUCUGCUAAUAAGUACUUCAUGGUUGGCCACAGAGUCAUAUUUUACAUCAUGGUGGAUGAUAUCUCCAGGAUGCCUUUGAUAGAGCUGGGUCCUCUGCGUUCCUUCAAAGUGUUUGAGAUCAGGCCUGAGAAGAGGUGGCAGGACAUCAGCAUGAUGCGCAUGAAGACCAUCGGGGAGCACAUUGUGGCCCACAUCCAGCAUGAGGUCGACUUCCUCUUCUGCAUGGAUGUGGACCAGGUCUUCCAAGACACCUUUGGGCUGGAGACCCUGGGUCAGUCAGUGGCUCAGCUGCAGGCCUGGUGGUACAAGGCAGAUCCUGACGAGUUCACCUACGAGAGGCGGAAAGAGUCCGCAGCAUACAUUCCGUUUGGCCAGGGGGAUUUUUAUUACCAUGCGGCCAUUUUUGGGGGAACACCCACUCAGGUCCUAAACAUCACCCAGGAGUGCUUCAGGGGAAUCCUCCAGGACAAGAAAAAUGACAUAGAAGCCGAGUGGCAUGAUGAAAGCCAUCUAAACAAGUAUUUCCUUCUCAACAAACCCAGUAAAAUCUUAUCCCCAGAAUACUGCUGGGAUUAUCAUAUAGGCCUGCCUUCAGAUAUUAAGCUUGUCAAGGUAUCUUGGCAGACAAAAGAAUAUAGUUUGGUUAGAAAUAACGUCUGACUUUAAAUUGUGCCGGUAGGUUUCUGAAUUUGAGAGAGUAUUAUUCUGGCUACUUCUUCAGAAAAGUAACACUUAAUUUUAACUUAAAAAAAAAUACUAACAAAACACCAACACAGCAAGUACAUAUUAUUCCUCCUUGCAACUUCAAGCCUUGUAACAUGGGAGAAUGAACCUAUGGUAAUCAGAUGUAAGUUCCUAGUGAUUUCUUAUCUUUUCUGGGUUGGGGGGGUUACACUAUCAGCUAAACC